CCUCUCCUCGUGCCAAACCCGAAGCACGGACAACACCCGCAGCCAGACCGAGCUCAAAGCCACCGCUCCUCCGCGCCUCCAUUGUUCCCUCGGCAAAGACAGUAGGAAUUCGGCCGACCGAUCCAUGGCGGCCCGGUACGUGGAGAUGCUGGACAUGGGCGUGCGCAUCGCGGCGAGGUUCCACUCCCACUGCCCGCAGACGGCGCGCAUGUACUACAAGCCGCCGCAGUCAACCUCCUCCUCCUCGUCCUCGGCCGCCUCGACGGAUCGGAAGGCCGCCGGCUUCGACCACGAGGCUGCGGCGGCUGCUGCGUUCCGGCCCUUUGCCGCGACGACAUCCUCAGCGGGGUUCGGCUCCGGCGUUCAGCCAGGUUUCUGUUUCAACACCGCGCAGGUGCUCAUCUACGAGGUCGUAUGAGGAAUUUAAGACUCUCCGACCAACGCCGGCUAGCAGGAGUAGUUUAUCGGGAGAGACCUCUGGAAUGAGGAAUUUUGUUUGUGGCCAAUGGGUUGAUCGGCUGUGCUUAGCUUAGUCUGUAACACCAUUCUUUAAUUCGUUUGCUACUAUGUCCUUGCGGGAAUUGAUUAAAGAAACAUGAUUUUCUUGCUUGCCCCUGUCA